ACGUGCUCUCACUUCUGGAAAGUGGAAACCACCUUCUCUCUCUCUCUUUAUCUCUCUCACAUUCAUCAAUGGCUACCAAAAAAGUAGCUUCCAUGCUCCUCCUCCUUUUACUCCUCCACCUCCAUAGCGGAACUCACGCAGCAAGCCCAAUCAAAACCGUCGUCGUUCUCGUGAUGGAGAAUCGGUCGUUCGACCACAUGCUGGGCUGGAUGAAAAAAAUCAACCCGGAAAUCAACGGCGUCGACGGCUCCGAGUGGAAUGCGCUGUCCGUCACCGACCCCACCUCCAAGCGCUUCUUCUUCAACAACCAGUCCCACUACGUCGACCCAGAUCCCGGCCACUCCUUCCAAGCCAUUCGCGAACAAAUUUUCGGCUCCGAAAACACCUCCGCAAAUCCGGCUCCCAUGAACGGCUUCGCUCAACAGGCCUACUCCAUGGAUAACACCACCAAGAUGUCUCAUAGCGUCAUGAAUGGCUUCCAACCCGACAAGGUCGCGGUCUUUAAAGCCCUUGUCUCGGAAUUUGCAGUGUUUGACAGGUGGUUUGCUGCGAUACCGGCGUCGACACAGCCGAACCGGCUUUACGUGCACUCAGCAACUUCAGCAGGGGCAACAAGCAACGUUGCUCAGCUCCUGGCAAAGGGAUACCCACAAAGAACCAUCUUCGAGAACAUCGACGCCGCCGGAAUAUCCUUCGGAAUAUACUUCCAGGUGGUCCCCACCACGAUGUUUUACAGGAACCUGAGGAAGCUCAAGUACGCCAGCAAGUUCCACGACUACGACACGUUGUUCAAGAAGCACGCGAAGGAAGGGAAGCUCCCGGGCUACGUUGUGGUGGAGCAGCGCUACUUCGACCUCAAAGUGGCCCCGGCCAACGACGACCACCCGUCGCACGAUGUGUACGAGGGGCAGAUGUUUGUGAAGGAGGUGUACGAGACGCUGAGAGCCAGCCCGCAGUGGAACCAGACCCUUUUUUUGAUCACAUACGACGAGCAUGGUGGGUUCUAUGAUCAUGUCCCUACGCCCGUGCGUGGGGUCCCCAGCCCGGACGGCAUCGUGGGGCCCGAGCCCUUUAACUUCACCUUUGAUCGAUUGGGAGUCAGGGUCCCUACCAUCGCGGUCUCACCUUGGAUUGAGAAGGGCACUGUUGUUCAUGGGCCCAAUGGAUCGCCAUUUCCAACGUCAGAAUUUCAUCACUCGUCCAUUCCAGCAACAGUGAAGAAGCUUUUCAACCUCUCCUCACCUUUUCUAACCAAGAGGGAUGAAUGGGCAGGCACUUUCGAAGCUAUAGUUCAUAAAAGGACACAACCCAGAACUGAUUGUCCAGAGAAACUACCUACUCCAGUGAAGAUCAGGAAUGGGGAGGCUAAUGAGGAGGCCAAGCUUACGGAAUUCCAGCAAGAGCUUUUGCAGUUGGCGGCAGUGCUGAAAGGAGACCAUACCCUCACAAGUUACCCAGAAAAGAUAGGGAAGGAAAUGAAUGUGAGGGAAGGGAAAGAGUAUGUGGAUGAAGCAGUGAAACGCUUCUUCGAGGCUGGGCGUUUUGCUCAGAGAAUGGGAGUUGAUGGAGAGCAAAUUGUCCAAAUGAGGCCCUCUCUCACUACAAGGCCAUCAAAAUCUUCAACAAAAAGCCCUUGAGAGAGAAUGGUGUGUUGAGCUUUUAUUAGGUAUAAAUGUGUAGAACUACAAUUGGUAAUUAGAUACAUCUUUAUAGAAAGGGGAACAAAAUAGGAAAUUAAGAGACGAGGCAAAUUAUUUAUUUAAUAAAAGUUCUAUGGCUAAGCCAGGAAUUUAGUUUGAAA